AUGACGUUUGGCGUCGAGCUGGAGUUCAUGUCCCCAUGCCCCCCGACCAGACACCUUUGGGUGCGAAGAGGAGUAACCGCUGCAGCAAGAAUGAAUGUCGCCCAGCAGAUGGUGGAGCUCACUCCGCUCCCUAUUGCCUGCGCAUGCACCCACGCAGACCACGAGACCUGCGCCAUCUGUGAUGGGACCGAGGACGAGAUGCACGGCCGAAUCCGCAUUCUCUCUCCUGAAUACAUCGACCUGAGACCAGGCACGCAGCUGGAGUCAAACUACUUCCUCUUCAAGCACGAAUUUCUCGAAGGUCGAUCGUUCGUUAACAGUGACAGGAACUGGCCCGGGGUUGAGAUCGCCUCACCCAUCUUCCAAGUCGGUGAGUUCAGCGCCGGACUGCCCACUCUGAGCACCGCCAUCUCGGCGCUUCGCAACAUGGAAGCGGAAAUCACCGCCGACGAGUCCUGCGGUCUGCACGUCCACGUCGGCCUCGAGAGCGGAAUGUCGCUUCUUCUCGCCAAGAAGAUCACGACGCUCGUCAUGGUUCUCGAGGACACGCUGCUCUUCGACCUUGUCGGCACCUCGCGACUGACCAACGAAAGUACCGAUGCCAUCCACCUUGAGUCUCUCGUGUCCAAGGAACACAUCCCACCUCUUGACUUUGCGGAAGAUCCCACCGGAAGUGACAAGCUGAUGGGCGCUCACAUCCCGCCGCUCGAGGCUAUCAAGCCCGAAACGUGGAACGAGGGCGACCCGGAGAAGUUCUAUGACAUGCUGACCAAGAUCUGGUCAAGCAAGUCGCUCCAGCGCGUCUCCAUGCUCACCAAGAAGGAGACCAACACCCGGGGAGGCUUUGACAUUUCGCUUCGUGACCACACAGGCUUGUCCCGAUCUCCUGGCUGCGACGGGACGCUCGAGCUAGGCCCGACGACUGUCGAGUUUCGAUACGCGCAGAUGAGCUUUGACAUUCCCUUCAUCCGCAACUGGAUUGAGGUCCUCUUCCGGAUUAUCCAGAUUGCGGACCAGAACCCUGAUGACUUCAAGCAGUCCCUUGCUACCAUCUUCGAGUUGACCGCGAAAGCCACCGAGGAGCAAAAGCCUACAUGGGAUACCAUCAUGGAAAGUGUCCUCGGCCUGGGAGACCGCAUCCCAGAGUGGAAGGAACAGAGACGCAUGUACCACAUGUGGAAGGAGAUUUCGCAUCUUGACGAGAACAUGCUCCUGCUGCCCGAGGUGUCCGAGGAUGGAGAUGUGUUCAUGGGGUAA